AUGCAGUUCGACCUGUCAACCCUCCUCAUCCUCGCUACAGCGAUCGCCUCCAUCAACGCAACACCUCUUCCAGGUCAAGGCCUUUCCAUUCCGGAAGCUGCAGAGAUCUUGGCACCACGGAGCGCGGAGGCAGCCUUAUCUCGCACUAGCCCGCGCUCGGUCAGCUAUGACGAUCUCCUCAAACGCGGAGACUGGACACCCAGCAUGGUAGGUGACGAGGAGGAGGAGGAGCUCGAGGAGUUCGAGGAGCAGGAGCAGGAGGAGGAGGAGGAGGAGGAGACGCUGCGGAAACGUGAAGUGGAGCCCUUGCCCAAGAAAAAAUUUGACGGGUUUGAAUGGGACACGGAGUUCACAGCGGGUCUCAAGAGAAAGUUCAAGACGAGCGUCAAGAAGGGCGUCAAGAAGGGCGUCAGAAAGGGCGUCAGAAAGGGCAUGGAGAAGGGCCUCGGUAAGGGUUUCAAGCAAGGUGUCAAGAUGGGCGUCAAGAAGGGCAUCAAGAAGGGCAUCAAGAAGGGCAUCAAGAAGGGAUUGAAGUGCUACUUCAUCCGCAUCCUGUGCUAA